CAGAAGGAAGUGGCUUGGUGUCAACACACUCCUUUUUGCUCCCAAAGCCGUUUUCCUCUGGCCUGGUUGAGACUGUUGCUCCCAGAGGACAACCUCCCCCGCCCCCCAGACUGAGAGAGGACCCCCGCCCACCUCAGGGACACCAAGUGCUGAACAGCCACACGGCUUUGUCACUUUAUGAAUCCCCGGAAGAAGGUUGACCUGAAGCUCAUCAUCAUUGGCGCCCUGGGCGUCGGAAAGACCUCCCUGCUGCACCAGUAUGUGUACAAGACGUUUUAUGAGGACUACCAGACCACACUGGGGGCCAGCAUCCUCUCCAAAAUUAUCAUUUUGGAUGACACGACUUUGAAGUUACAGAUCUGGGACACAGGCGGACAGGAGCGCUUCCGUUCCAUGGUGUCCACGUUCUACAAAGGCUCUGACGGCUGCAUCCUGGUGUUUGAUGUCACCGACUCCGAGUCCUUUGAAGCCCUGGAUACCUGGCGGGGUGAUGUUCUGGCCAAAACCAUUCCCAUGGAGCAGUCCUACCCCAUGGUCGUGCUGGGGAACAAGAUUGAUGUAGCCGACCGGCAGGUGCCCCAAAAGGUAGCCCAAGGCUGGUGUAAAGAGAAAGAUAUCCCCUACUUUGAAGUCAGUGCCAAGAAUGACAUCAACGUGGUUCAAGCCUUCGAGAUGCUGGCCAGCCAGGCCCUGUCAAGGUAUCGCAGCAUCUUGGAGAAUUACCUCACAGACUCCAUCAAGCUCUCCCCGGAAGACCAGCCCCAGAGCAGAUGCUGCUAGAUGUCUGGACUCCCAGAGAUACCACCCCAUCACCCCCACCCCCUGCCCAUGCUCUGCCCGGGUGCCCCGUUCUGCAGCCAGAGCCUCGAUCCCCUUGUAUUGGCUGGACCCCGAGACCAAGGCCAGCCCUGCCUCAGGCUGAAAGAAGCAAGGUCGCCCCUGGGCCCUGGGGCCAGAAGACGUCAGGGCGCCACAGCCUGUCCUGGCCCUGGAAGGGUCCCAAGUCCCACUCUGGCUUGACACGCACCCUCCCCACAGACUUCCGCUCCCAAACACACAUCUCUGCAGAGACGCCCCUGUGUCUCCUGCUAGUGGGCAUCCUUGCCGCUCAGCACACCCCACUGAGCAACGCCCAGGCAUGGAUGCAUUUCAGCCCCCCUGCUGCUGGCAGGCUAGGGUCAGGUCUGAUACCCUGCGGGCCUGUCUCAACCCCUGGCUGCCCUGUCUGGUCCUGGGAUCCCCCUCAUCCCCUCUCCCAGACCCCCUCAUGCUGAGGAAAAAGCCACCGGAGAACUGCCCACCCUCCCGCGGGGAACUCUGGCGAUGCCUGGAACUCUGGGAGACUCUGCUGUCCAGUGGGAGUGUGGGGCUGAAGGCCCGGAAGCUCUUCCUCAGCCUCAGUUGCUUUGUUGAUCUGAAAAUAUUUAUUCCUUCAACCAGCAUUUUUGAGUGUCCACUAUAUGCGUCUCUGAGGUCCAGAGACAAGCAGGUCCUGGCCCCCUGGCCCCGACAUCUGGAGGGGCAGACACAGCACUUGCACAUAUAAGACAAGGGCUUAAGCAAAGGGAAACAGGGCAAUGGGGUGGAGGGGGGCAGGGAUCCGGUGGACACUGCCUCCGACCUCAUGGUCCUGGGGGGCUCCUCUGAGGAGAUCUGACCUGAGGCUGGGAAUGAGAAAGGCUGCCACCUGAGAGCUGGACGAGCGCAGCCCAGGGCAGGGAACAGCGAGGGCUGAGGCCCUAAGGGAGAACAAGCGUGCUGUGUUCCAGGAACACAGAAAGGACUUUACCUGAGAACACAAAGCAGCUGUCCCAGGUACAAGCAGAGGGAUCCGCCCCCGACGGCUCCCUGCACCUCUGAUGGAUGGCCACCAGGGGGCAGCAAUGCGCCUCCCCUGCCAGGCUGAGCAGAACCCUGGAAAGUGCCGCAUUUUCCUCCUCUGCAUUGAUGCCCAGAGCUAGUUGGGGGCCCUACUAGCGGCCAGGCUUUGAGUUAUGCGGAGCUGGAGGAUGCCAGCUUCUUUAGCCUAGCAAGCAAAAGAUGAAACUGCA